AUGUCACUCGGGAAAGGAAUACCAGAAGCGACCAAUAGAGCCUUGUGUAACUUUCCGGAUGGCCUUUGGAGCAUUACUAACAUGUGCCAAAACAACAGUGAGUUUAGAGCGGCACUAGUCUAUGGUAAAUGGCUGUUAAAAAUUCAAAUGAAAAAGCUGGGACCUGAGCAUGUUGAUGUUGCAAGCUCUUACAACAAUCUGGGUAAUCUACACAAGGCUCUGGGCGACAUAGAUGAAGCAAAAGACUGCUAUAAGCGUGCACUGGAGAUUCGUCUGAAAAAGCUGGGACCUGAGCAUGUCGAUGUUGCAAGCUCUUACAUCAAUCUGGGUACUUUAUACAGUGACCUGGGCGACACAGACGAAGCAAAAGACUGCUAUAAGCGUGCAAUUGGGGUUGGAAUGAAAAAGCUGGGACCUGAGCAUGUUGAUGUUUGUGUACCAAUCCCGCCAGGUAUUGCCAUUUCCGAAGACGACUUUCCAGUUGGCACGAAUUAUAUUGCAGAGGUCACGAAUGAGGAAAAUCUUCGGGAAAAUCAAGUUGGUCCAAAUGACGGCAACGAAGGUGACUGUUUACCCAACGGGUUUGAAGUGAAAGACAUAUUCGACAGUUCCGGCGGUGAGCUGAGCGCUACUCAUGACUCGGACGUGAAAAUAUGUAUUGCAAACGGCGCAAUACCGAUUGGCGUCAGCCAGGAAGUCUUCUACCGUGUGGUCUACGACACAACAGAGCUGUUGCAGGAUAUCCCCGUUGGACCUGAUGAAACACUCAUUUCCCCCGUUAUUGAGUGCGGACCACACGAUAUCAGACUUUUAAAGCCUUCGGAGAUUAUAAUUCCACAUUGCCUCUAUAUGGGCAAAGCUAAAAAGGAAUGGAUAACUGUCUACAGAACUGACCCAGGUCCCAUCAAGUGGGAGAAAAUCCCCAACAAAUCCAAAAGAAAUGAUCUGUCUAGAGCAUGGUUCACAGCAAAAGAGGACUCCAUUCACAUCAAUACCAUGACAUUCUGUUUCUGGUGCGUAUAUUUUCGUCGCGGGGCACCGAAAAAGAAAAGAGCCACAGUGUUUGCUAGUAAACCAAAUCCCGGAGGUGAUCUCAUUCAAUUCAGAUUCUACAUUUACAGUGACAACAAGGAUUCACUGAGGCGAGUGGAGACGCAGGAUAAAAAGCUGUUCCCUGAUUCAUGGAAAGGAAUGGAGAAACCCUUCAAAAUGUACAACAACAGCAAAAAGAUAACCGUGAAACUUGUGACGGAUCCUGAGGAGGGCUGGGAAUUAGACAAGACAGCUGGUGAGCAGGUGUACAUCUGCGAUGAUUCCCACGGCGGUAGAUUUCGAUGUAAAGAUGCGUGUGUUUUUGCAGUUGAACCAAUGAAAGGUCGAGAAGUAAAACCGUUUACUUGUAAUCUAACGUUCCAACAAGAGGGCCAUGAAACAGCACAUACAAUCUACGUGAACCCUGGUUAUCCGCUUGUGGAGGGGUCGAUCGAGCCGGCAAAUGCUCGUGCGCACUCCAACAGCGCAGCUGGAUGCUCGACUUCCUCAGCUCCAGAAGAAAGUGACAGGAGCAACAUAGACGAACAACCAAAAACUCCUCAAGACUCGAAGCCCCUUAGCAGCUUGCUGGAAAUUAGGCCAUUACUUGAGAAAAUAUGUAACCGUCUGGACUCAAGUAGGCCGGGUGUUGGUGACUAUCGCGAUGUUUGUUCAUAUUAUGGUAUCGACAGUUUUCAAGUGACCGCAGUUUACGAAAAGCACACUGACGAACCGUCAAAAGCCCUCUUGGAACACUUGGCAGCUUCACACGAACAGCUAACAGUUGCCGAGUUUGUAAGUGUGUUGAGAAAAAAUGCCCGGAGAAGUGACAUUGCCAAGCUUUUAGAAGAAUAUGAUAAUCAGUAAAAAACAUUUUAAAGAGGUCAGCGUUGUUUUGAAGUAGUUUUCAUAGAAUUUUGAAGUGCGUAAAAUUCUUAAAAAGAAACGUCAAUUGAUAGCACGUUCGUCACAAAAAACAAUUCCACAGUGUAGUAAAUUUGGUAUAAAGAGUUUAAACCGACUUUGUUUUGAUGCGUUUGCUUUAAUUAAACAAGUGCCUCGAGAGGUAAAGAGGGCAUCCUACUUUGUAAACAGGAGUUAUAAAUGCCUUGUUCUAUGUUGUUUUUUUUUAAAUACCAAAUUACUGUUCUAUAUUCUUUUCUAGGUCUCGUGUUGCACUGAUUUAAUCAGUUUUCAAAUGGUCAUUUUGCUCUAAAUAAAAUGUUAUUAUGGGAAUUUCAGUUUUAGGCAUUAUAUAUAGUCACUGUUAGUGCGCAAGGCAUCUGCUUUGUAAACGUUUAGGACAGCAGUUAUAUUCAUAUGAUCAUGGUAGUCUUGCCACAGGCAGACCAAACUCGCGUUAUAUACCAUCGUUUCCCGGCAUAUUUUGGUCAGCUUUUUGCGCGUUUGAUUUAAUAAUUUCUAACGAAUACAAGAAUGGUACAGAGAUGAAGAGAAUUCAUAACAAUAACUUAGAGAGCUUUUGAUGUCAUCGUGCUAAAAUUGUUAAGGUUAUUAAGAUCGUGAUCUACAUCAGUCAGAGACUGAGAUAGAGUAUUCAGCACCAAGGUUGACCAUCCAGUCGGUCAGUCCUUGGUGUUUCAUUCAUACUGAUAUUCCUAAGUAUCAGCUCCAUAUACAUCAUAAGUAUUAAUUUUUUCUUUGGUUUGUUUAUUUGUAUGUUCGUUAUUAAAAUAAAUUUUGACCACUUCUGA